AUGGUGCUUUUGUUGCUCAUUCUGCUAACGUUCGGUGGCACAGUUCUGGCCAGUUCACCGGAAUCCACCUGGAAGUCAGAGCCAGUGGAACGUGAACUUGCACCGGAUGCACUGCUAGUGCGGUUGGACCGUUUGGUGAACGUUUGUGUGGCUAACUAUGAGGAUCUCACCACCGAUUUACUGCUGGGAAUUGCGAUCGCCAAUGCACAACUGAGAACCGUACUGAAACAACCGCUGCCGGAACAGCAGCGCCAGUUCGUGGAAUCGUUGGCCAAAAAGUGCGAUUUUGUCGAAAGCCGCAUCGAGAGCAUCUUUAGCUUCCCGAGUGGUGCUAACGCUGUGGUUUCGAAGUUGUUGAUAGAUUCAGAAUUUUGGGAGUCAAAGGGUGACAUGAGCGGGGCCGUACCAGAUCGCGCUAGGAGUCGACGAAGCCGACGCCGUCGAAGUCAACUCUUGGGGGAUGAUCCACAAACCUUGAUGGAGAGCUAUCUGGAGGCGAUCGAUGCAGGUGGUCCCAGUGAGUUGCAAUCGGAUGAAUGUCUAUCCGAACUACUGGUGAAUGAGUCGGAAAAUGAGUUCAACACCACCGCCAGCCCAACCAGCAGCGGACCGGCUGCAAAACGGCUCAUCCUUAGCCGUGAGUGUAGUGCCGCCAUGUCGCUACGCAAACGCUCGUACGGUUACCAUCUAACGCACAAAUUGCUCUUCUACAUCGUGCUCGGCCGGCAGCGGUUCGCGAAUGUGGACCGCAGCUUCGUAGCGGACGGGCAGCGUACCCUUUGCGAGGCGAUACUGCGCGAGUCCGGGCUGAUCGCUGGGUUUGAUUACCCGGACCUGUUUCGUGACCUGUUCAUGGAGCAGGUGUUCCUGUGCGCGUUCAGUGACGCACCGCUGACCGAGUUUACCAACCCGGCCUGGUUGGCGGCCAUCGUUAGCUGGCAGAACGGGGAAGGUUGCUUCAAGUAUUACGGCGACGAAGGCGAUGGUGUGAUCGGUCCGAACGCGCUCACCACACACUGUUCGACGCACAUGACGGGUGUCGGUGCGGCACUGCUGGGAUUGUUUGCAAGGCUUCAGCUGGUGCAGUGA